CCCCUCUUUUCCUCUUUGGUCAAAAAAAAAAAACACUCUUUUCCUCUCUCUGAAGCGCACAUUGCAAUUUUGCAUAGUUUCAAUCUCCACUGAAACAUAGCUAUGAAUUUGAGAAAUGGUUGUUCCUUAUUGCUAAAACCACGCAAAUCUCCAACCCCAUUUGUUCUUGCCACAAACCCAAAUCCUGAAAAAGCCAACAGCCUUAACGUUUGUCCUGUUUCAGAAUCCCAUGUUGUUAAAGUGUUGAGACAAGAACAUGAUAUUGUUUCAUCACUUGAAUACUUCAAAUCUUUGUCAAAUUCAGGUACUUUCAAACACACCCAUUUAACAUACGAAACUAUGAUUGAUAAGCUUGGUAGAAACAAUGAAAUGGAUGGUGUUUCGUAUCUUUUACAACAAAUGAAGUUAGAAAAUGUACCAUGUUCUCAAGAGUUGUUUCAGUUUGUUAUCAAGUGUUAUAGGAGAUCAAAUUUAGGUGAACAAGGUUUGAAAAUGUUUUAUAGGAUUAGAGAAUUUGGUUGUGAACCUAGUGUUAAGAUUUAUAAUCUUGUUUUGGAUGCUUUGCUUAGUCAAAACUUGUUUAAGAUGAUUAAUGCGCUUUAUAAUAACAUGAAAAGUGAAGGGUUGGAGCCGAAUGUGUUUACAUAUAAUGUUCUUCUUAAGGCUCUUUGUCAAAACGGGAAGGUUGAUGGUGCAUGUAAGUUGCUUGUUGAAAUGUCGAAUAAGGGUUGUGAUCCGGAUGAUGUUAGUUAUACUACCGUGAUCUCUUCUAUGUGUAAAUUGGGGGAUGUGGAUAAAGCGAGAGAGUUGGCGAUGAAAUUUGAACCUGUUGUGCCGGUUUAUAAUGCUUUGAUUCAUGGAGUGUGUAAAGAGUGUAGGUUUAAGGAGGCGUUUGAUUUGAUGAAUGAGAUGGUGGAUAGAGGUGUUGAUCCGAAUGUUAUUAGUUACUCGACUGUUAUUAGUUGUCUUUCUGAUAUGGGGAAUGUUGAAUUGUCGCUUGCAGUUUUCGGCCGAAUGUUUGUGAGAGGAUGCAGACCUAAUGUUCAGACAUUUACUUCUUUGAUAAAAGGUUUUUUCGUGCGAGGGAGAGUAGGUGAUGCUGUUGGUUUGUGGAAUCUCAUGAUCCGAGAGGGAGUUAGUCCAAAUGUCGUCGCAUACAACACUCUCAUACAUGGUCUUUGCUCCGAUGGGAAUAUGGAUGAAGCAAUAUCUGUAUGGAAUCAGAUGGAGAAAGAUUCUAUUCGUCCGAACGUGACCACAUAUAGCACUAUCAUAUAUGGUUUUGCAAAAUCGGGGGAUUUGGUUAGUGCUUGUGAAACAUGGAACAAGAUGAUAAAUUGUGGUUGCCGUCCAAAUGUUGUGGUGUACACCUGCAUGGUGGAUGUCCUUUGUCAGAUGUCUAUGUUCGAUCAAGCUUUUGAUCUUAUUGAUAAUAUGAUUUCUGAUGGUUGUCCUCCAACUGUUAUUACAUUCAACAACUUUAUCAAGGGUUUAUGUCGUGCCGGAAGAGUAGAAUGGGCGAUGAAUGUGCUUGAUCAGAUGGAGAAAUAUGAAUGUUUACCUAAUAUCAGAACGUAUAAUGAAUUAUUGGAUGGUCUCUUUCGGGCGAAUGCAUUCAGAGAGGCUUGUGGACUUAUAAGGGAGUUGGAAGAAAGGAAAGUGGAGUUUGAUUGUGUCACUUACAACACUAUCAUGUAUGGUUUUUCUUUUAAUGGAAUGCAUCAACAGGUUUUGCAGCUUUUGGGGAAAAUGUUGGUAAAUGGAAUAAAGCUGGAUACCAUUACGGUUAAUACAACUGUUAAUGCAUAUUGUAAGUUGGGUAAGGUUAAAACUGCUAUCAAGGUUUUGGAUAAUAUCUCUGCUGAGAAGGAAUUUCGUGCAGACAUAAUAACACAUACCAUUAUUUUGUGGGGUAUCUGUAACUGGUUAGGCACUGAAGAGGCUGUUGUGUAUCUUCAUGAAAUGUUGAAGAGAGGAAUCUUUCCCAAUAUUGCCACUUGGAAUGUGUUGGUUCGAGGGUUCUUUAGUAAGUUGGGUCAUAUGGGACCAAUCCGCAUUUUGGAUGAUAUUAUUGGGAGCUCAAUAAUGUAGUGUGCAAUUUUCAGAAAUUGAUUCCUAGCAGUCAAAAAGUGGCGGUAGUGUGGGGAGAUCUUGACUGCUGAUAAUAUUGUGAUGUUUAAAACUGAUUUGUCAAAUUAUGAUGUGGGCCGUUUGAUCUUGCACGAGUGGUGGUGAUUCACCCAGCUGCAUGAAUGCAAUGGUCCAGUGGAUCGAAACUGCAGAAAGUCCAGGUACACAAUUUCCAGAUUCGUCUAUGGUAGACUUUUGGCCUUCAAGUAUGGCAAUUUUCAACAGUAUGUAAGAGAUUACCACAUUACAAACGUGUAUUUUGGAGCAGUGAAAGUGUGGAGAAUAAAUGCAGUAAGGGGGUGGAAUCUCUGGUAGAUUUACAGAAUUCAAUUUUGGUUCUCUCCACAUGUGACAUGGAAAAUAAUGGAUAUAAUGUUAGCAUGAUUUGCUCAUGUAAUUUUGUAUUUUUAAGUGUACCAUAGUUUUUUAAAUUAAAAUCACUCGUCUCUACUCCGCUUCUCUCCGCUCUUUCGACCAAACAGAUCCUAAGCUUUAUGAUUGUCACUAUCAGUGUUGUUAAAUAGAGGCUAUAGCGGCAUUUGAACAAAUCUCUAUUUCUCCCCGAUCGGCUAUUUAUUACAGGGUAUUGUUAAAUAGUGGCGUUAUAGCACUGCUGCAUCGCAGAAUUUGAACGAACCACUAUUUGCUGCGAUUCGCGAUUGACAACAGUGGUUAGUAUUAAAUUGAAGGAAAUAAUAUUGGGGUCAAGAUUUUUAACUUUGUAUUGAUUGAAUUGAAAUAAAUUACUUUUAUUUAUUUAACUUUGUAUGGUGAAUACAUUUCAGAAAGUAAAUUACUUAAGGUUGCUAAGUUUAAUUCUUAACUAUCUGUCACACUGUCUAGUAUUUCCUAUUUAGCCACACUUCUUUUGACUGGAAGGUGAUGUUAUAGGAAAAGAAAGAAAAAGACUGACAGGGAAUCAGCUAAAAGAUCAAGGAUAAAGAAACAGCAAGAAUGUGAAAAGAUAGACACUCUUAAGGAUGAAAAUUCCGUCCUAACACAAAGGCUCGUUAAGCUUUCUGAGGAAUAUCUGGAGACUGGAACUCAUCAAGGAAAACGAUUCCAUUCAGAUUAUUCUAAGGUAAGACUAUUUGCCUUCAAGCACGGCAAUCGUUUAACAAAUUACCACAUUACAAAUAUGUAUUUGGGAGCAGUGAAAUUGUGGAGAAUGAAUGCAGUAAGGUGGUGGUAUCUCUGGUCGAAUUACAUAAUUCAAUUUUGGUUCUCUCCAAAUGUGACAUGGAAAAUAAUGAAGUUAAUGUUGGUAUGCAUGUCUCAUGCAAUUUUUUAUUUCUAACUGUACCAUAGUUUGUUAAAUUACCACAUAAGCUUUAUGAUCUUCAGGAAGCAUCAAUAUGAUUAGUAUAAAUGGCUUCUUUUUUCUGAUGAAAGAAUUCAAUUCUAAAAACAAAGCAUGUUGUAUACAGUAUGAACAGAAAAGUGACCGCUAUGCCUGUGAUUGAUUUUGCCAAUUGCAACAUAGGACAGGUCGUGGAUGCAUAUGUACACCUAUCUAUUCAUCAAA